CAAUCUAUGUCUACAGGGAUGAAAAGCAGCAGCUUCUACUUGGUAUUAGGCGAGCAAACAGACAGCCCACAAACUUAUCAUCAUCUGUGUUGUCAAGUGAUAGCAUGCAUAUAGGUAUCCUAGCAGCGGCAGCCCAUGCAGCUGCAAACAAUAGCCCUUUCACUGUGUUUUAUAACCCAAGGGCAAGUCCUUCUGAGUUUGUCAUCCCUUUAGCUAAGUAUUACAAGUCAACUUAUAGCAGUCAAGUAUCUCUUGGCAUGCGUUUCCGCAUGAUGUUUGAGACAGAAGAGUCAGGAACUAGAAGGUAUAUGGGAACAAUUACCGGCAUCAGUGAUCUGGAUCCGGUGAGGUGGAAGAACUCACAAUGGCGUAACUUGCAGGUUGGUUGGGAUGAGUCAACUGCUGGGGAGAGGCGCAACCGGGUCUCAAUUUGGGAGAUUGAACCAGUAACAGCACCUUUUUUCAUCUGUCCUACUCCUCCAUUCUUCAGGUCAAAGCGGCCAAGGCUACCUGGAAUGCCAGAUGACGAUUGUUCUGAUCUGGAUGGCCUAUUCAAGAGGACAAUGCCAUGGCUUGGUGAUGACUUUGGGAUGAAAGACCCGCAAGGUCUUCCAGGCCUGAGCUUAGUCCAAUGGAUGAACAUGCAGCAGAACCCUUCUCUCGCUAACUCAAUGCAGCAGCCAAACUACCUGCAUUCUUUGUCUGGUCCCGUUCUACAGAAUGUCGGAGGUGGAGCAGACCUCUCACGUCAGUUAGGUCUACCAGCAGCACCUCAGCUUCCUCAGCACAACACCUUACAGUUUGGUACCCAACGGCCAAACCAACAAGGUCAGAUGCCAGCUGCCACAUUGAGCCCAGUAGGAUCCAUUGUGCAGUCGCAGCAGCAACAGUUGUCGGAUAUCAGUCAGCAACCAAGACAGAAUCUAAUCAACCACUCCAUGCCUACAAACCAAGUUCAGGCCCAACUUUUGCAAGCGCAGAGUCUUGUGCAAUCUCAGAAUGUCCUUCAGCAACAACAAUCACUUCAAAACCAGCUGCAGAGGAACCUUCCUCAGCAGCAACAGAUUAUGAAUCAGACUCAGCAGCAGAGUUUCAUGCCAUCUCAGCCUAGCGAUCCACUUAACCAACAGAUGCAUUUCUCUGAUAACCAAUUACAGUUGCAGCUUUUGCAGAAGCUGCAUCAGCAGCAGCAAUCACUUCUAGCUCAACAAUCUGUAUUGCAACAACCCCAGCUUGGGCCAAUCCAGGAUCAGCAGAAGCAGCUGUUGGAUGUAUCGCAGAACUUUUCCAGGUCGCUUGCAACAAGCCAAAUGCUGGAUAUGUCUCAAACCACAUCCACCUCCACGUCUCUCUCCCAGUCGCAAGUUGUCCAGAAGCAAAUGACUAGCCAGUCUCAUUUUCGGUUUUCCCAGCCAAAUCAGCAAUCAAAACUUCACCAGCAACCUGGAAUUCUACCAGAACUACCUGGACAAGUUGGUCAGAAUCUACCACCGACUACUAAUCAAUUUUCCACAAACUGCAGUAGCUUAUUAACAGGGGCUGCAGGUGGAGGCCAGUCGGUGGUUACGGAUGACAUCCCAUCAUGUUCCACCUCACCAUCCACGAACAAUUGUCAAAAUGCGGUUCAGCCAAGUAUGAAUGGUAGGAUGCAUCGAGGCACAGCUGCAGGGGAUGAAGCAACCCAGUCUUCUGUACCCCUUUUGAAUUCCAGUGGAUUCGAAGCUAUGUCCACUAAUAGCAAUCUAGUUAAAGAUUUGCAGCACAAAUCUGAUGUGAAGCCCUCGGUGAACAUCUCCAAGAGCCCUAACCAAGGAUUUUUGGCUCCUCAAACCUACCUUAACACUGCAGGGCCCCACAUGGAUUAUCUAGAUAGUUCAUCUUCAGCAACCUCAGUCUGCUUUUCUCAAAAUGAUGCCCAGUUGCAGCAGACAACAAACCCAUUGUCUUUCAAUAAUCAACCAGUCAUAUUCAGAGACAGUCAAGACGGAGAAGUUCAGGGUGACCCCAGGAACAGUGUUGCUUUUGGAUCAAAUAUGGACAAUCAGUUAGGACUGCCAAUGAUGCCAGAUCCUUUGGUCACAAAUAGCUUGAUGGACUCAAGGAAAGAUUUAUCAAAUAAUAUCUCAUCAGGAGGAGGCAUGCUUUCUAGCUAUGAGAACCCCAAGGAAGCACAGCCCGAACUCUCAUCAUCAAUGGUUUCCCAGUCAUUUGGAGUUCCUGAUAUGGCUUUCAAUUCAAUUGAUUCUACCAUAAAUGAUGGCAGCUUCAUGAAUAGAGGUGCCUGGGCCCCACCACCUCAAGUACCUCGUUUGCGGACAUAUACCAAGGUAUACAAGCGUGGUGCUGUUGGAAGAUCGAUUGAUAUCGCACGUUACUCGGGCUACGAAGACCUUAAACAAGAUUUAGCUCGUAGAUUCGGUAUAGAGGGACAACUGGAGGACAGACAAAGGAUAGGAUGGAAGCUUGUGUAUGUGGAUCAUGAGAAUGAUGUUCUUCUGGUUGGUGAUGACCCUUGGGAGGAAUUCGUGAACUGCGUCCGCUGCAUUAAGAUUCUCUCUCCGCAAGAAGUCCAGCAAAUGAGCUUGGAUGGAGAUUUUGGAAAUAGUCUCCAAAAUCAAGCUUGUAGCAGUUCAGAUGGGGGAAAUGUGUAAAUUAGCAGUGGCUAAAGUUCCAUUCUACUUGUAUAACUUUAGGUGUUCAUUGCUCAAGCUUGGUGGAAAUCUGCCACAAUUGGUUAAUCUAUCCUUUAUACACGAUAGAGCACGCAAAGCAGCUCUACCUAGGAUCUUGGUAUAAGGACCUUUCCUUGGUUGAACAGGAGCUGUCGCUAAUCUCUGACAAGAACACAGCUCGGAUUUGAGUGUGCUUGAUCACCUUGUGUGAUUGCACCUGUCCAAGUAGGGUUAGCUCAUGUUGAAAGCGGGAACAUGGUCUAGUCUAGGUAACCAUAGAGCUGUACGAUGCUUUUUGUCCAAAUUUUCUUCGUGUUCUUUUGCACGAAAAGUUUCUUAGAGUAUUUUCAAUGUAAAAUUGAAGUCCUUGAAAUAUGUGUGGUGUAGUGUUGGAAUGUAUAGUUGUUUAGAAGGCUCUCUAAUUUUCCCCUCAAUAUCUUAAUGGAAAAUCUUGAAGUAAAUUUCAGUA